AUGUCGUCGGCAGCAAACGCAACAGAUCCUGCAGCUGCCGCCGCCCAGGCAGCAGCGGCGGCGGCGGCGGCGGAGGGUUUCCACAGGUUCACCAUUGAGCUGUGGACGCUCUUUACCAUCGGUGCCUUGACGACUAUCCUUCGUACAUAUGCGCGCAUCAAGGCCAAUGGUUUUGCGAAUCUACGAGCGGAUGAUUACUUGGUCUGGGUUGGACUGAUUGGAUAUGCCAGCCAAUGUUCACUGGGCUACAGCAUAGGGAACGUUGCCAAGGGUUUUGCCAACAACGGAAUGACUCCCGAGGAGCGCGCCAAUUUGGACCCGAACAGCCCCGAAUAUAGGUUUAGAAUCAUUGGCUCUCAGAUCCAAAUCGCCGGGUGGACCAUGUACUCGACAUUAAUAUGGAGUCUCAAGCUCUCGAUGCUUUUCUUCUACAUGCGCCUGGUGGAGGGUCUUGGGCGUCGCUACCGAGUGCGCAUCUACGUCGGCUUUUUCCUCGUCAUCUCCACGUUCCUGAGCACCAUCCUCACCAUCUUCCUCGGGUGUCGACCGUUUCGCAACUACUGGCAGAUUUCGCCUGAUCCCGGCAACCAGUGCCAGCCCGCUGUUUCGGACCCGAUUGUAUGGUCAUCAUUCGCUGCCAACGUCGCAACCGACAUUUACCUCAUCGCGAUCCCGCUGCCUCUUCUUUGGGGCUCGACGCUCAGGCUUGGAAAGAAGAUUGCAUCCACGAUCGUUCUUGGCGCUGGCAUCUUUGUGCUUGUUUGCGCCAUCCUGAAAACCAUCUACGUCCUCGUUGAUCCCCUCGACGGCGCCCAACUAGCAGGCCAAUGGGGCACGCGCGAGGCCUUCACCGCCGUCAUGACGACCAACCUGCCCAUGAUCUUCCCGCUGAUCCGACAGAUCCUGCGCCCGUACCUCCCCACGGCCCUGCGCUCGACCAAAAAGGAGUACAAGACGCCCGAAGACCGAGCCGGCGGAAACAACGUGCGCACCAUCGGCGGGGGAGCGCGCAACGGCGAUCUCGAAACGGGCGCGAGCAGCACCGUGGGCGGCAGCGGGGCCAGCCGCACCAACGCCUACGCCAAGAGCCGGUCCGCGGCGCGCGACAGCGGCGCCAACUUUCACCACAUGGGCACGAGCACGCUGACCUUUACGGAGAGCGAGGAGAGGAUCGUCGACGACCACGACAUCAAGCUGAGGGGCAUCAAGAGGAGUGCCGAGCGCGGCGGGGCGGAUCUGGUCCCGCCCGAGAGGGGCAUCGUCGUCUCCAACGAGGUCGAGGUCCGGUCGGAGCACAGGACCAGUCAGGACAAGGACAUCCCUGGGGGUCAGAGGGUGCAUGAACAUUGGUAA